CUCUCACCACUUUUCACCUUCACCAUCGCCAUCACCCACUCCCCUCUCUCUCUUCCUGCAACUCUUCUUGUCUUCAAGAAGACGAAACACACACACUCUCUCUCAUGAUCUUAAAGUAAACAGAAAAAGAAAAUUAAAUGCUCUUCGAUUUCGUUUCCAUCACCAUGUGCGAGUUCUCUCGUUCCCUCAUCAACUCGUUACUCCACACUCUCACCUGACUCACCGACUCGGCGAGUCCACUCUAUGGCAUCAUCGUCUUCCCGAGCAAGAAGCAGCUCGCCGUUUUCGCACCGGAAACCCUCCACUCCUUCUUACUCCCCUGCUUCUUCAUCUUACUCUUCCUUCACCAACGGAAAGUUAAUGCCACGCUCCUGCUCUUCUUCCGCCUCGUCGUUUUUCAACUCUGCUGAUUGUGGUGGACGAUCCAUAGCUCCGAGUCGCAGCGAGUCAUCAACCUUUUACGCUGCGUACGACUGUGGUGGUGGUGGUGGUGGUGGUUCAUCUACGUUGGAGUUCGGGAUGGAGGAUGUGAUCGCGGAGCCUGUAGAUUCUUCUAGGUCUAGUGAUAGCAUUUCGGUCACGAUUCGGUUCAGACCGUUGAGUGAAAGAGAGUAUCAGAGAGGAGACGAGAUCGCGUGGUAUGCAGAUGGUGAUAAGUUUGUGAGAAAUGAAUAUAAUCCAGCUACUGCUUAUGGAUUUGAUAGAGUGUUUGGUCCACAUACAAUUACUGAUGAGGUGUAUGAGGUAGCAGCUAAACCUGUCGUGAAGGCUGCCAUGGAAGGGGUUAAUGGAACUGUGUUUGCCUACGGUGUGACGAGUAGUGGAAAGACACAUACGAUGCACGGUGACCAAGAUUCUCCUGGUAUCAUACCACUGGCUAUUAAGGAUGUUUUCAGCAUUAUCCAAGAUACUCCAGGAAGAGAGUUCUUGCUUCGAGUGUCAUAUCUAGAAAUAUACAAUGAGGUGAUAAAUGACUUGCUUGACCCAACUGGCCAAAAUUUGCGAGUUAGAGAAGAUGCACAGGGUACUUAUGUGGAGGGUAUAAAGGAAGAAGUAGUUUUGUCUCCUGGACACGCACUUUCAUUUAUUGCUGCUGGAGAAGAGCAUCGCCAUGUUGGAUCAAACAAUUUUAACCUCUUCAGCAGCCGAAGUCAUACAAUUUUUACACUUAUGAUUGAAAGCAGUGCCCAUGGUGAAGAUUAUGAUGGAGUGAUCUUCUCUCAGCUUAACUUGAUCGAUCUGGCUGGAUCUGAAAGUUCAAAAACUGAUACAACUGGAUUAAGAAGAAAAGAAGGUUCAUACAUUAACAAAAGUCUUCUGACACUUGGAACUGUUAUUGGAAAAUUGAGUGAGGGGAAAGCAUCUCAUGUUCCAUAUCGAGACUCAAAGCUUACUCGCCUCCUGCAGUCUUCACUUAGUGGGCAUGGCCAUGUUUCACUUAUAUGCACUGUGACUCCAGCAUCCAGUAAUAUGGAAGAAACUCACAAUACCUUGAAGUUUGCAAGCAGGGCAAAGCGAGUAGAAAUAUAUGCCUCGCGUAAUAAGAUUAUUGACGAAAAAUCUCUAAUUAAGAAGUACCAGAGAGAAAUUUCAGUCCUCAAAUAUGAACUUGAUGAGAUGAAGAAGGGGAUGCAACUUGGUGUCAGCCAUGAGGAGAUCAUAAGCUUAAAGCAAAAGUUAGAAGAAGGUCAAGUGAAAAUGCAGUCAAGGUUGGAAGAAGAGGAAGAAGCAAAGGUUGCCCUUAUGAGUAGGAUCCAGAGGUUAACCAAGCUCAUUCUGGUUUCUUCGAAGAAUGCUAUUCCUGGAUAUUUAACCGAUAUACCUGGCCACAAGCGAACUUACUCUGCUGAUGAGGAAGAUAAACACGAUGUCUUACGUGAUGGAUCACUUCUGAUUGAAAAUGAGAGGAAAGUAGAUGAUGCCACACUGUCAUCUGAUCUGUCUCAUGAUGUUCGACAUAGAAGAUCAUCAAGUAGAUGGAAUGAAGAGCUCUCCCCAUCUAGCAGUUUUAUAACUGAAUCAACGCAAGCUGGUGAACUGAUCAGCGGAAGAAGGGCACCAGCGGGAGGGAUAACAAUGUCUGAUCAGAUGGAUCUUCUCGUUGAGCAAGUCAAAAUGCUUGCUGGAGAUAUUGCUUUCAGUACCAGCACUCUGAAGCGCUUGACGGAGCAGUCUGUAAAUGAUCCUGAAGGCUCCAAAACUCAGAUUGAGAGCUUGGAACAAGAGAUCCUAGAAAAAAGGAAGCAAAUGAGGGCUUUAGAACAAAGAAUAAGUGAGAGUGGUGAAUCUUCAGUAACUAACUCAUCACUGGUUGAACUGCAGCAGACAGUCACAAGAUUAAUGACCCAGUGUAAUGAGAAGGAGUUUGAGCUGGAGAUUAAAUCUGCAGACAACCGUGUCCUUGAAGAACAAUUGAACAGUAAGUGUUCUGAAAAUAUUGAAUUGCAAGAAAAGGUGAAGUUGCUAGAGCAGCAACUGGCAACAGCUACUAGUGGUAACUUGGUGCUUACUGAUCAAUGUCCGUCUGGAGAACACAUUGAUGAGUUGAAAAGGAAAAUACAGUUCCAGGAGAUUGAAAAUGAAAAAUUGAAACUAGAACAAGUUCACUUGUCAGAAGAGAAUAGUGGGUUGCAUGUGCAGAACCAGAAACUCUCUGAAGAAGCUUCUUAUGCGAAAGAGCUGGCCUCUGCUGCUGCUGUGGAACUGAAGAAUUUAGCUGCAGAAGUGACAAAAAUUUCAUUGCAGAAUGCAAAGUUGGAAAAGGAAUUGAUGGCUGCCAGAGACCAGGCUAAUGCUCGAAGCACUGUCAUACAAACAGUUAGUGGGGUUAGCCGCAAGUUCAAUGAUGCAAGAUCUGGGAGGAAGGGGAGAAUUUCUAGCCGUGCUAAUGAAAACUUGGUACCUGCCAUAGAUGAGUUCGAGUCAUGGACUCUUGAAGCUAAUGAUCUAAAGAUGGAACUGCAGGCUAGGAAACAACGAGAGGCAGCUCUUGAGGCUGCAUUGGCUGAAAAGGAAUUUGUGGAAGAGGAGUACAAGAAAAGGUUUGAAGAGGCAAGGAAAAGAGAAGCUUCCUUGGAGAAUGAUUUAGCAAAUAUGUGGGUCCUUGUUGCGAAGUUAAAGAAAGAAGGGGUUGCUGUCACAGAGUCGAACAUUAAUAAGGAAAAUGUUGAUGGGGAAGCACCCACGGAUGAUACUAAAACUAAUGACAUCGAAAAUGAUACUAUCCCCAAAGAACAAAUUUUGGAUGGAUCAGAACCAGGCAAUGAACUUCCCAAGGAAGAACCUUUGGUUGUUCGUCUUAAGGCACGAAUGCAAGAGAUGAAGGAGAAAGAGCUCAAGCAUCUUGGCAACGGAGAUGCCAAUUCCCAUGUUUGUAAAGUAUGUUUUGAAUCUUCAACUGCAGCAAUUCUUCUUCCAUGCCGUCAUUUUUGUUUGUGUAAAUCUUGUUCACUCGCUUGUUCUGAAUGUCCAAUAUGCCGCACAAGUAUUGCAGAUAGGCUUUUUGCUUUCACAUCUUGACCCUUAUAAGUUAUAACAAAGGGUUUGACCUCAUUGAGUUAUUGUAUCCACACGGUCACUGGUGCAAUUCUUUCAUUAGUUUGCUUGUAUGUAAGCUGUUUAAAAGGUAUAUCGAUUAUAUCAUCUUACUGGAAACUGUAUAAUAGGGGUCGACGAAUUGCUGGGGUAAAAGAAUGUAAAAAGGGAAAGAAAAGGGUGUAAUCAGUACCGCUGAAGUACAUCUGUUUUAAUGUAAUACAUCUGUUCUUUGUUGUA